AUGGGAGAAUUAUUUGGUAUGCCAUUUGUUGUGCAGUGCAAAAAUUGGAAAUCGCAACAGAUAGGCCCCUCGAUUGUGCGUGAAUUGAUAGGUGCACUUGACCCGUAUCCUCGAAGUACAAUUGGCAUCGUAGUAAUUCCAUCAAAAAUUAGAUAUAACUAUAGAAAAAAUAAUUGGGAAUGUGGAUAUACGCCUGGGGCGUAUGAUACAGCAAUGAAAUCAAGUUGUAAAAUUAUUCUCACGGAUAUAAGUGAUAUUUUUUUAGAUCUCAUUCGAACAAUUCUUCAUCAAAUAUCCAAACAAAUUGAUUUUCUCACAGACCGAGUAAAUGAAUAUAGGUUUUUAUCUCUGAAAAUAGAUUUUCUUAAUCUUUAUUAUGAGUAA